GAACGGGAGCUUCACUCAGUCCUGCCUAGCCAUGAAGUCCUCAACUGGCCUCCUCCUCCUCUUCCUUGGUCUCCUGGCCACCUGUGCCUCGAUGCCUUCUGCCUCCAAGAAAGAAAAGCCUGGGAGAUGCCCAUCACCUCAUCCACCUCCAGGCAGGGUAACACAUUGUGGCUUGUUGUGCUCCUCAGACUAUAACUGCCCUGGGAUCCAGAAGUGUUGCAGAUAUGGGUGUUCAGCAUCCUGCACUAAUCCUCUCAGGGCCUGACCUUGAAGGAGGUCUGGAUCCAUGUAUCGUGGACAUCCCAGAUGUCAGACCGGAGAUCCUCUGCCCAUCCCUCCUGCUCCAAGAAGAGUCCAAAUCCCGCACCAGACCCACUUGCCCCUUUGAUGGUCCCUCUAACGCUCUUUCCCUUGCCAAUAAAUGCACCAUUCCCCUGCA